AUUCACCCUUUCCCCCCAUGCUGAGUUUCUAUAGCCUCUGACCUCUGUGCUUCUUGGGGCAGCUAGAAAAUGUCUGUAGAAAAAGGAGAGGAAGCAUGCUUUGUUUGCUCAUGACCUCUGGAUUGAUUCUCCUGUGACUCUGUGUACCACUUCAGAAACGUCAGGGGCAGUUCUAGCUAUGCUGCUUCAGACGGGCAAGGGGUACCUUUUAGUUUCAAAGUGUUAUAAGGAGUAUUUCUGAUGUCUCUGAUAGUUGGUGUGGAUGACUACAGCUCAGAGUCUGAUGUGAUUAUUGUACCUUCAGCCCUGGACUUUGUCUCACAAGAUGAAAUGUUGACGCCACUGGGAAGAUUGGACAAGUAUGCUGCAAGUGAGAACGUAUUUAACAGACAGAUGGUGGCCCGGGGUUUGCUGGAUACAUUGAGGGAAGUCAGCGAUGAUGAAAGAGAUUGUAUUGCUGUUUUGGAAAGAAUUAGCCGAUUAGCUGAUGAUUCAGAACCAACUGUGAGAGCGGAGCUGAUGGAACAGGUGCCUCAUAUUGCACUGUUUUGUCAAGAAAACCGGCCUUCAAUCCCGUACGCUUUUUCCAAAUACUUACUGCCUAUUGUGGUUAGAUAUCUAGCAGACCAGAACAAUCAGGUGAGAAAAACAAGUCAGGCAGCUUUGCUGGCGUUGCUGGAACAGGAGCUAAUUGAGCGAUUUGACGUGGAGACUAGAGUUUGCCCAGUCCUCAUAGAACUGACGGCUCCAGAUAGCAAUGAUGACGUGAAGACAGAAGCCGUGGCUAUAAUGUGCAGAAUGGCCCCCAUGGUUGGGAAGGGUCUCACCGAGCGCCUCAUCCUCCCCAGGUUUUCGGAGAUGUGCUGUGACUGCAGAAUGUUUCACGUUCGGAAGGUCUGUGCUGCCAAUUUUGGAGACAUUUGCAGUGUAGUUGGCCAGCAAGCUACUGAGGAAAUGUUGCUGCCCAGGUUUUUCCAGCUUUGUUCUGAUAACGUGUGGGGCGUUCGGAAGGCUUGUGCCGAGUGCUUCAUGGCCGUUUCCUGUGCGACGUGUCAAGAGAUCCGACGGACUAAACUCUCAGCACUGUUUAUUAAUUUGAUCAGCGAUCCCUCACGUUGGGUAGGGUUUUGUUUAAUUUUUGCUUUUUUUUUUGCUUGUUUUUUCAAAUCAAACAACAAAAGAGUCAGUGAUGGAGAAGAAGCCCCAGAGGCUGCACAGACCCGGCCAGAGUCUGUGCAUUCAGACCUCAGCGUCAGCGACUCCAGUGUCAGUCUGGAGAACCCAGUGGAGGAGCAUGUUGAAACCCUGCAGAAGCUUCCAGGUGACAGAAGUGUUCCAGUGGACAGCUCCCUCCUUUGUAGUUUGUCCUCAGACCCUCAUCAGGAUGCAGCUAGUAAUGUGAAUGAUAAAAAGCCUGAUAACUGCAAAUCCCUACUGCGGCCAGAGGUGGGCACCAGUUCGCAGGAUUCCACUCUCUCAGAUCAGGAAUUGUACAACUCCUUCCAUUUCUGGAGGACUCCUCUUCCUGAAAUAGUAGAGCUUGAACUGGACCUUUGGGGUGGACUCAGCCCGGAGAGACCAGAAGAAACCCCUCAAGUCGAUGUGCUGUGUUCUCCCAAUAUCACCAUGGCCACCAGAAGGGAACUGGAAGAGAUGAUAGAAAAUUUAGAGCCCCAUAUCGAUGAUCCAGAUGUUAAAGCACAAGUGGACGUGCUGUCCGCGGCACUGCGCGCCUCCCGUCUGGACGCUCACGAGGAGACUGUCAGUACAGAGAAGAGAAGUGAUUUGCAAGAUGAACUGGGUAUAAAUGAGCUACCAAAUGUUAAAAUAAAUCAAGACGAUUCUGUGCCUUUAAUCAGCGAUGCUGUCGAGAAUAUGGACCCCACUCUCCGCUAUAUUCAUGAUUCUGACCUGAGCACGAGUAGUAGUUUUAGCCCUGACGAGGAAAGGAAAUCUAAAGUACAAGAUGUUGUGCCUCAGGCUCUGCUAGAUCAGUAUUUAUCCAUGACCGAUCCCUCUCGUGCGCAGACGGUGGACACUGAGAUCACUAAGCACUGCGCAUACAGCCUUCCCGGGGUGGCCCUCACCCUGGGCCGGCAGAAUUGGCACUGCCUGAGAGAGACUUACGAGACCCUGGCUUCAGACAUGCAGUGGAAAGUUCGAAGAACUUUAGCAUUCUCCAUCCAUGAGCUUGCAGUUAUUCUUGGAGAUCAGCUGACGGCUGCAGAUCUGGUUCCAAUUUUUAAUGGAUUUUUAAAAGACCUCGAUGAAGUCAGGAUAGGUGUCCUGAAACAUUUGCAUGAUUUUCUGAAGCUUCUUCAUAUUGACAAAAGAAGAGAAUAUCUUUAUCAACUUCAGGAGUUUUUGGUGACAGAUAAUAGUAGGAACUGGCGCUUUCGAGCUGAACUGGCUGAACAGCUGAUUUUACUUCUAGAAUUGUACAGCCCCAGAGAUGUGUAUGACUACUUACGUCCCAUCGCUCUGAAUCUCUGUGCAGAUAAAGUUUCUUCUGUUCGUUGGAUUUCCUACAAGUUGGUUAGUGAGAUGGUGAAGAAACUGUACAUGACGACACCCCCCACGUUUGGAGUCGACCUCAUAACUGAGCUGGUAGAAAAUUUCGGUCGAUGUCCCAAGUGGUCCGGACGGCAAGCCUUUGUGUUUGUCUGCCAGACUGUCAUUGAAGAUGAUUGUCUUCCCAUGGACCAGUUUGCUUUGCAUCUUAUGCCACAUUUGCUCACCUUAGCAAACGACAGGGUUCCAAACGUCAGAGUCUUGCUUGCAAAAACCCUGCGACAAAGUCUAUUAGAAAAAGAAUAUUUCUUAAAUUCUGCCAGCUGUCACCAGGAAGCUGUAGAACAGACAAUUGUGGCCCUUCAGAUGGACCGUGACAGUGAUGUGAAGUACUUUGCGAGCAUCCACCCUGCCGGCACGAGACUCGCUGAAGACGCCAUGAGCACAGCUUCUUCCACUUACUAGACAGCUCGGCUCUUGGCGUCUCUCCUGCUUCCUGGCGGCCGAGCUUCUGCAAGUGCUUCUCACUCACGUCUGUCAUCUGGGACAGCCUUCUGUGAAGGAGGAAAGACCUUCCUCUCUUGCCAGACUUAAGUGCAGGUGAAAGUCGCCUACUCCUGAGACCAGGGAUUUUAAAAGUCAAGAGAAAGUACAGCAAACACUAUCAUCUCAUCUUGACUUUAGGGAGAAUAAUUUCUCAGAGGAUUGUAAUUGUCACCGAAGCCUUAAAUCCUUCUGUCUUCCUAACUGAAUGAAACUUGAAUUGGCAGAGCAUCUUCAUUGUGGAAGGGACGAGAUCCCCAGAGGUCUGCUUUGCUUCCUCCUGGCUCUGUCUAACGACCCAUAGGUGGAGUUCUCACCACUGGCAGGCAGAGGGGAGCUGGGAUGUGAGAGCACCCCGCAGUAUUCGCUCUAAAUACCCAGGCAAGGCCCUGUUGGGGUUCUGUGGCCCACUGCCCAGCCCAGCCCUGUGUGUGAAUCGUUUCUGAUGUGUGUAAACGGGAAAAGGAGAUUUUUGUGGAUUUCUCCUAAGGGCUUGAUGCUAACACUAAAGUAGAGUCUGAUUUUAACUCUUAAAUGCAGCAUAUUGCUGUACACAUUUACAGAACUAUCUAUGUCUUGAUUUUUAUUUCAUGCUGGUCAUGACCUGAAGGAAAUUUCUGAGCUCGUAUACUGUAUGUCGGGUGUUUUUAACUUGAUCAUGACCGGCCCUGCGGUGCAGCCUUUUCCUCACUGACUGUACAUACCUGUGCCCACUCCUGGGAGUGCUGCAGUCUGUAAUCACGCUGUUGGAAACUUGUGGCACAAGUUCUCUUGUCCAAAUAAAAUUUAUUGAUAAGAUCUAUAUGGAGAGAUAUAUACACUUCUGAUUGUUUUCUAGAUGUCUGCGGAAAAAUGUAAUUUGUGACCUGUAUUAAUGAUUUAGUAUAAAAUGGGGAAACGAAAUUAAAAUAUUUGUCCUUUAAGUAGUUUAGUGGUUUUUUUAAAGUCUGUUUCAC